UGGGUUUUCUUCAUCACUCUCUCUCUCUCUUCUAAGCCUAAGAAAAAAAAAAGGGAGAUUUUUCUUUUUUGGAAUUUUCUCAAGCGAAACCUAUCUUUCUCGGAAAUCCGAUUUUUCGGGAAAUACUUUUCUUGAGGAUGCCAGCGACGGAUUACCAGGGAUCGUUUGGGAGGUCGUUAUUGAGCCUUCGGCGUGACCAGGUGGAUUCCACGGGAGCUCACGAGCCUACUUCCAUGGAGGUUGAGCUGGAUUCGUUCCAGAGACAGGUCACCGAGAGGUUUGUCGAUCUUACUGUCUCCGGGUCCGAUGAGAUUCUCUCGCUCGAGUGGAUUGGGAAGCUCCUCGAUGCUUUUCUCUGUUGCCAGGAGGAGUUUCGCGCCAUUAUCGUCAACCACAGGUCUCAGCUCCAGAAGCCUCAGAUGGACCGAUUGAUCGCCGAUUACUUCGAGAGGAGCGUCAAGGCGCUCGAUGUCUGCAACGCGAUCCGUGACGGGAUCGAGCAGAUCAGGCAGUGGCAGAAGCUGAUCGAAAUCGUGACCUGCGCGCUGGACACCGGCGCCGGGGUUAGCGUCCAGAGGCUGCUCGGGGAGGGGCAGUUCCGCCGCGCGAAGAAGGCUCUGAUCGAUUUGGCAAUCGGAAUGCUCGACGAGAAGGAAUCCUCCGGCUCGGCGUUGGCCCACCGGAACCGCUCGUUCGGGCGCAACAAGGACAACCACCACCGUUCCAUGGGCCAUUUCAGGUCGCUCUCGUGGAGCGUUUCGCGGUCGUGGUCUGCUGCUAGGCAAUUGCAGGCUAUAGGGAAUAACUUGGUAACUCCUCGAGCCAGUGACAUCAUGGCUACGAAUGGCCUCGCUGUUCCGGUUUACACAAUGACGUCGAUUUUGUUGUUCGUAAUGUGGGUUCUCGUGGCGGCGAUACCUUGCCAGGACCGGGGCUUACAAGUGCAUUUCUAUGUUCCUAGGCAUUUCCAAUGGGCGGCUCCAGUCAUGUUGCUGCACGAUAGGAUCCUCGAGGAAUCGAAGAAAAGGGACAGAAAGAAUGCUUGUGGAUUGCUGAGAGAGAUUCAUCACAUUGAGAGAAGUUCGAGAUUGGUGGGAGAAUUAGCAGAUUCAGUUCACUUCCCAUUGACGGAGGAGGAGGAGGUUGAGGUGAAGCAUAGAGUGCAGGAAUUGGUACAGGUUUAUGAAGCUCUGAAACAGGGUUUAGACCCAUUUGAGAGGAAAGUGAGAGAAGUUUUCCAUCGAAUAGUCCGUAGCCGAACAGAGGGACUUGAUUCCCUUGGAAGGGUUUCAGAAUGAUCCCAUGGUUAGACGACUCAUUCCGGGGAAUACUUGAAAUGCAUUUUCUUUUUGUGGGGUGUUUGGUUUGGACAUGAAGAACAUGAACAGAGCAGAAAACUGGUUGAAGAAGAAACAUUUUAGGCACUUUCGAGUCCGAAGAAAUAAAAGGGUAACAAGGGAGCUCAUUUUAUCUAUAAAAGGGUAACAAGGGAGCUCAUUUUAUCUAUCUUUGUAUGUAUCACUUCAUAUUGUGUAAAGAAGAUUAGGAAUAUGAAAGUCGACCUCCUCGGUCUGUGAUGUUCUAAUGAUGUCCAUCCUUCUGUUGCUAUUGUGUAAUUGAUGUCGGUGUCGAUUGCAUCCUAUGGUGUUGGCUCGUUUCUUCGGGCUCUCGUUAUUGUUUCUUUUCUGUUUUGUACAUGGGAGAAGUAUACAUUCUUGUUUUCCUUUUCUUGUCA